AAUUAUUGGCGCGUAAAAAAAUAUUCAACUUGUUUCGUUAGACUUAGUCCUAGGCUAAAUAAUAUUAACCAGGCUAAAUUUGACGUAAGCUGAGUUCGCCCAUAAUGGCGACUACUGCAGACGCGAAUGAUGAAACGUUUUGGAUUUUAGAACUUGAAAGCUUACUUCUAACUGAUUGUGACCUUGAUGAUAUUCGGAAAGUCUGUAAUGGGAAGGCAGUUCCUGAAAAUCUCCGAAGCGAAGUUUGGUUGGUGUGUUUAGGCUUAAGAGGCAAAGAAGAAUAUACUAAAGUAGGUGAUGAAAUUUAUGAUCUUCCAGAACAGACUACUAUUAGAAAAGACUGUCAAGUUAUUGUUGACAGGUUGGGAAAUGAAGAGGAAGAUAAAUUAUCAGUAAUAAGUGACUUGGAGUCAGUGCUAACAAAAUACAGUAAAACAACUGGAAUCAGUUAUUCUUCGGACAAUGGAUGGUUAGAAGUUCUUGAACCUUUACUUUCUCUACGGCUGCCAAGUUCACAGCUCUAUGAAUAUUUUCGAGCCAUUCAAAACACCUACAUUCCAAAAUACUGUGGUGCAGAUGGUCAGCUAUUUCACAUGCUGAGGCUCUUGUUGCUGUACCAUGACCCACAUCUCUGCUCUCUCCUUGAUACCAAGAAGGUUACCCCUGAUUGUUAUGCCUCACAUUGGUUUCGUAGCUUGUUUUCUGCAACCUGUAAUUUGGAAGUGACACUGGCCAUGUGGGAUAUCUACUUUCAAGUUGCUGACCCAUUUUUAAUCCUGUUUCUUAGUCUCGUUAUUCUAGUCAAUGCCAAAGAACAGAUUUUAACAAUGAAGGAAGAGCCAAGACAUGCUUUAAUAGAAAUACUGAAGUCUGCACCGUGUGACUUGGAGAUGGUAGAUGUUGAAGACUUUUGUUUCUUGGCUCAAUAUUACAUGUCACGGACACCUGUUUCCUUCACUAGGGAUUUUCAUGAUAUUAUUUUUAGUAAUAGUUGUGAUGAAAACGCAAAAGAAGCAAACUUAUCGCAAGCUUUAUGCCUUCCUGUGUCACCCUGGGAACUAGUUUUCAGUAGUAAGCCAAAACUUAAUAAGGACAAUGCUUUGAAGUAUUUUGUUGUGGACUGUCGCCCAGCAGAACAAUAUAACAGUGGACACUUGCCUAACGGAUUUCACCUCGAUUCAAGUCUAAUGCUACAAGAACCUGCAUCUUUCAACACAGCUGUACAAGCACUUUUUGCUGCCCAGAAACAGGCUAUUAAGCUUGGCUCAGUGGCUGGAGGAGAACAUGUUUGUUUCAUGGGAAGUGGGAGAGAGGAAGAAGAUCAGUACGUCCACAUGGUCGUGGCCAGUUUUCUACAGAAGCAGCUUCCUUUUGUCAGCCUAGCCAAGGGAGGCUAUGAAGCUCUACACAAUUUUAUGUUAGACAGUUUGAAUAGUGGCCUCACAGACCAUUGCUCGAAAUCAUGUAUCAUCUGUACCCCAGCUGUGCAUGAGAAUAAUGGUGCAAAUGGUACUGAGAAUGAAGAUUUCUCAUUUCUAGACAAGAUCACUACAUUGAUGAAAUCCAAAUCGGCGGUUGUGCGAGAGAAACUUGUGGACUACAUCACCAACCCACCACAGUCUGCCGAAAGAAAAGAAAAGUCAGCAGUGUAUUUUGAUAAUUUUUACCCUGUCACUGUUACCCAGCACUAUCCCGGAAGUGAUGAAAAAGAGGAGCAAGAAGAGGAAGUGGGACUGCAGACCUGGCUGAAGAAACCCGAUGUCAUUGAAACAUUUAAAUGUGACGAAAUUAAAGAUAAUGGCUAUAUGUACCCAAGCCAUCUGGUAGUGACAAAAACCCACGUGUUCAUCUUGCGUGAAAUGCCCUAUAAGAAAGGAUUUGCCAAAAUAAUUGCACGACGAUCACUUCUUUCCGUUGUGAAAAUUACAAGCAAGAGGCGUCAUCCAGAACUGAUCACAUUUAAGUAUGGAUAUAGUGACAGUGCAGGAAACUUCACUGUCACCUCCAUGGACCGUUUUUUGAUUCCAAACGCUGGAGAUGCCACGAAGCUCAUCAAGCAACAGAUAGUAAAACUUGAUGAUAAUACUCAAGAAACGAGUUACCACUGAAUACAAGGAACAAGCAAAAGUGCACUUCACACUUUUGUCUCAUAAAUUUCAUCAAUAAACAUAAAAAGCAGGAGUAAUAUAUAAAGCUUUGUCAUCAUGUGGUCUUUAUUUUAGUAUCUUUGUUUUUUUUCUUUGCUCAGUAAUACUUAUUUGAAUUUUGAACUAAUGUAAAGUGUUUCAUUCGGAUUUCCAGACAGAACAAUUUCAGAAUCAGAAAAAUUCAUUACCCAUGAAAAUCUGAGUGAAAAAAAGAUAUCUGUAAGAAAUUGGAAGCGUAUUAAAUCACAAAAUAAAACCACACAACACAAUUAAAAAGUAAAAUACUGUAACAGUUUACACUUAGGAAAUAGAAUACUGGUAUAUCUAAGGGGUUACAAACAAAUAAAAAAAAAUACAUUCUGAAUUUGUUCAUUAUCUUGUGUCUUUGAUAAAUCAGUACUUUUGAUUUUAAGUAUAAACAGUUACCAUUCUUCAGUAGUUCCAUCAUUGUUGUUUUUUUUUAGGUUGAGAACUUGAGAUUAUAAAAUAAUUUUUAUUGUGUAUUUUAUUAGGUCAGUUAAUAAUAGAAUGUACUUAAUGUUAUAAUCUAAUUUCAAUGGUCUCCAAGCCCUUUUUCUUGUAUAUAGAAAUAUUUCAUCAUAAAUCUGUAAGUUAUGCAAAAGUCAUGUACUACUAUGGCUUUUUCUAAGUCGUUUUUGUGUUUCAGUAACUACUCCAAAUUUUUUUUAUUUACACAAUUAGUUGUCUUGCAAGAAUUGUGCAAGUGAUCCUGUUGUAACUUUCGAUUAUCUGCAGAGGCAGAACCAAGACAUGUCAUUGUGGUGCACAGCUUUUGUAUAACGAUAUGCAUAUCGACACAUGUGUAUGUGUGUUCUUAAAUUUUUUUCUGUCUCUUUUUAUAUUGUGAUUUUCAGUACUCUCCAAAUAAUUACAAGCUUUUCUUCUUUUUUUUCAACUGUAGUAAGCAAAUUUGCACAGGAACAAGUCUUUUUUAAUAUACUAUUUCAAGACAUCUAAUACAAAUUUAUUUUUUAUUUUGAAACAAUAUUUCAUGUGGUAAUGACCAAAUUUGGAAGAUUCUGUUAAACCUGUAAGUUGCCUUCAGAUGGCGUAUGUAUCAGUAGCCUAAUUUAUGUGAAUGUAGCACAAGACCUCUUUUUUUUUUCAUUAAUUUUUUUCAAAUAUUUCUAACAAUAAUUUCUUUGUCUCAUAUUUAUUCUGCACUUUAUUUUAGAGUUAAACACAUAGAGUGUGUUAACUUCUUAAACCACUGGGUCUUGUUUGUGUCAAAGUUUGUUGAUAAAUGUACUUUCUGGAAUUUAUCAUCAUUCGGCUAGUCCUAGCUAACUUAAGUCCCAGCUGUAAGGUUUGCUCUAUGUUGAAACCUACAUGAUAUCUUAAGUUUUUAAUUAAAGUUAUUAUUACUCGUUUCCUUUCAGGAAACAAAGAAACCUGAUUUAAUUAUUUUGUUUAUAGCAUCCAUGGUCACUUUAUAGGUACUGUUAUUGCGUAUCAUUGCAAAUCAAACAUUUAAUUAGUUUGACAUAAGGAUUUAUUAAGAUUUCUAUAAAUUUUAUGAAGGUUUCAGUACGUUAUUUCCAUUGCUAGUUGAUUAUAUUGUAAACAAAACCUUUGAUGAUAUUUUCAAAUUGGGAAAAAAAUAAAUCUACUUUGUGCAGCUUGUAAAAAAGUUGUAGUAUAGAGACACUUGUCAGUCUUAUAUUUGGAUUACCAUACUUGAAAAAUUAAGUUUUGUUUUAAAAUACAUAUUAUUUGCAUACAUAAAAAAAAUGACAUUAUAUUUUAUUCACUUAAAACUUUGUACAAAGAACAUACUAUUUUUAUUAUUGUAAAAGUGAAGUCGGCUGUUGAGCAGUGCGUGACUAUGGUGAAACUAAUACUUUAAAUUUGGUGAUAAAUAUUGUGUGUAAUUGAUAGUAUUCAUCUAAGACGUGGUAAGGGAUUCGCAUCAUUUAAAA